UUUUUUUUUUUUUAAGGACAAAGAUGGUCUAUCCUGGAGCUUAUGGUUCUCAUGGCUACGGCCAACCUCAACAACAAUAUCAGCAAUCUCAUGAAAGUUAUUCUUUCCCUAAUCCUUCAGAACAGGGUUAUCCUCCUCCUCAAAACAAUUAUCCACAGCAAGGUUAUCCACCACCACCAAAUUAUUCACAGCAGGGAUAUCCUCCUUCCCAACAAGGUUACCCACCUCCGCAGCAGUACAAUAACGGCUACAAUCAACCAUCUCAGUACAGUAGUUACUCAUCCCCUCCUUCACAACAACAUCAUGGCUAUUACCAACAACAAACUCAUCCACCAACUCCUAAUUAUGGAAAUUAUCCUCAUCCUUCUUCAGAGAAUUUAUAUCGUAAUAAUGAAGCUAGUCAAAUCCAACCUCCUCCAUAUCAAGGCCCUGAUCCCAUUUUUAGUCCAAAUGAUCCUAACUUGAGUCAAGCUAAUUAUCCUCAACCACCUAAUUCAGCUCACAACCAGGGAACUCAUCCAGUUCCAUAUGGUCAACAAACAAAUGCCUCAGCAAAUGAUUUUGUCAUGCACGUUAACCCAACCAUGAAAAAUGAGGCACCACCUAACUUUCAAUUAUCUAACUGUCGAGGAAGAAAAAGGGCUUUGUUGAUUGGUAUUAAUUAUAUUGGAACAAAGAACGCUUUAAAUGGCUGUAUUAAUGACGUGAAAAAUCUCGAGCAGUUUUUGAUUAGCUUAUAUGGUUUCAAAAAAGAAGAUAUGGUUAUUCUUACAGAUGAUCAAUCCGAUCCUAAGUUUAUUCCUACAAAGCAAAAUAUUAUAAGUGCCAUGCAAUGGCUUGUCCAUGACGCUAAAGAAAAUGAUUCUUUCUUUUUCCAUUUUAGUGGACAUGGUGGUAGAGUCAAAGAUACAAAUGGUGAUGAAGAUGAUGGUUAUGACGAAACUAUUUAUCCAGUAGAUCAUGAUCAAUAUCCCGGUGAAUCCGGUCAGAUUGUAGAUGAUGAGAUGCAUGAUUUGUUGGUUCGUCCUUUACCAAGAGGAGCACGUCUGACUUGUAUUUUUGAUUCUUGUCAUUCAGGUACUGCUCUUGAUUUACCUUACGUUUAUUCUACUCAAGGUACUGUUAAAGAAGAAAAUAUCUUUAAAGAAGCUGGAUCUGGUUUAUUAAAUGCUGGUCUCGCUUAUGCCACUGGCAAUAAGUCUGGAGCAUUAUCAUCCCUCAUGACUUUUGGUAAAAGUUUAAUGUCCAGAAAAAAGAUUGAUGAACGUAUCAAGAAAUUUAAAAGUUCAGAAUCAGAUGUUAUCAUGUUCUCAGGUUGUAAAGAUAACCAAACAUCAGCUGAUGCUAUGGAGAAUGGUGCUUCAACUGGUGCCAUGUCCUACGCCUUUACAACUGUGUUGAAACAAAAUCAACAAUUGACAUAUCUUCAAUUGCUCAAUGCUAUUCGUGAUAUUUUAAAAUCUAAAUAUUCACAACGUCCUCAAUUAUCAUCUUCCCAUCCUAUUGAUGUUAAUCUUAUGUUUCUUAUCUAAAAAAAAAAAAAUAAUAAAAAUAAGAAUCAAUUAUAAAGAAUGAUAAAGAUAAG